UCCCAAACUCAGGCCGGCCCCAUUCACCCUCCGGGACUUCCAAAAACGUAAGGUCCCCACAAUGGGGGUGGGGACCUUCAGGGUGCAAUACCGAGGGCGGACGCGGCAACUGGACUUGCUUGUGGUCAAGGGCCCCUACAUUAGCUUACUGGGAUUGGCAUGGUUUGGACCACUGGGGCUAGCCGUCACCGGGGUGAACCACACUAGCUUACAAGUGGACGUGGAUGCCAUAUGCAAGGAAUUUCCGGGGGUUUUCGAUGGGAAAUUGGGACAGUAUACGGGCCCCCCCAUUGCUCUACAGCUUGACCCCGCAGUACGACCGGUCAGGCUCAAGGCCCGCCGGGUCCCGUUCGCCCUGAAACCCCGUAUAGACGAGGAAUUGGACCGGCUCGUGGAGCAAGGAGUGCUGGAGCCGGUGCCUAAUGCCCCCUGGGAAACCCCAAUCGUCACGCCCGUCAAGCCUAAUGGUUCAGUCCGCAUCUGCGCAGACUACAAAUGUACCAUAAACAAGGCCCUCACGGCCCAUGCAUACCCAGUGCCAGUGGUCAGCCAUGUUCUUGCCACCCUGGCUGGGUCGAAAAUUUUUGGCAAGCUGGACUUGGCCCAAGCAUAUCAACAGCUGCCAGUAGAUGAGGCCACAGCAGAGGCACAGACGAUUGUGACGCACAGAGGAGCAUUCAGGGUAAAGCGGCUGCAAUUCGGUGUCAGCGUGGCACCAGGCAUAUUCCAGAAUCUAAUGGACUCUCUACUUAAAGGGAUUCCUGGCGUCACCCCCUUCUUCGAUGAUGUGUUGAUUGCCGGGCCCACACCAGAGGAGUUUGAGGACCGCCUCCGCACCGUUCUGCACCGUUUCCAGACGGCGGGUCUCAAGGUGAAGCGGGAAAAAUGUCUACUAGGAGUGCCUCAGGUGGACUUUCUGGGAUUUAUGGUGGACGCAGAAGGGGUCCACCCGACUGGGGACAAGGUACGGGCCAUUUGUGAUGCCCCAGCGCCCAAGAACAAGACUGAACUUCAGGCCUUCUUGGGACUAUUGAACUUUUACCAUUCCUUCCUUCCCCACAAGGCGGCAGUAGCAGAGCCCCUACACAGACUCCUGGACAAGCGGGCCCCUUGGGUGUGGGGCCAGCGCCAGGAGGCCGCAUUCCAGGCAGUCAAGGACUUGCUUGUCUCAAACUCGGUCUUGGCACACUUCGACGAGAGGCUGCCGGUGGUGCUAGCAUGCGAUGCCUCGCCCUAUGGAAUUGGCGCUGUCCUGGGACACCAACUCCCGGAUGGAAGAGAGGUACCGGUGGCAUACUUUUCCCAGACACUCAACGCAACCGAGCGGAACUACUCGCAAAUCGACAAGGAGGGUCUGGCAAUCGUGAAGGGAGUAAAAAAAUUCCAUGAUUUCUUGUACGGGCGGCCCUUCACCGUGGUGACUGACCACAAGCCGUUGCUUGGCUUAUUUGCCCCUGAAAAGCAGACCCCCCAAGUGCUGUCUCCUCGCGUCCUCAGGUGGUCAAUUUUCCUUGCCAGCUACCAGUAUGCACUGAUUCACCGUCCGGGGAAGGCGAUGGGCCAUGCGGACGCCCUCAGCAGGCUACCACUACCGGAAACAGGCCCCGACCCAGCACCUGCACAAGAGGUUAUGAGCCUGGAGCUGCUUCCCGACCGCCCCAUUCAGGCACAAGAAGUUGCACACCAUUCCAAGAAAGAUAGGGUCAUCUCCCGGGUCCUGGACUGGGUGUGGAGGGGAUGGCCCAGCAGCAGCCCCGGGCCAGAAUUCACCGGCUACACAACCCGCAAACAUGAACUGUCGGCCCACAAGGGGUGCCUGUUAUGGGGAAGCAGGGUCGUUGUUCCCCAGCCCCUCCGCAAAAGGGUCCUCACAGCCCUACACGAGACACACCCAGGGGUAGUAAGAAUGAAGGCCCUUGCCAGGAGUUAUGUGUGGUGGCCGGGGAUCGACGGAGAGAUAGAGGACCCAGUGUACGCAAAGAAUUUUGGGGCAGGCCCAGCAUGGGUACCCGCCACAGUCUCCAGGGUCACUGGCCCUGUGUCGUACGAGGUGCUAACAGAUGGGGGACAAUGCUGGCGCCGCCACUGC